AUGGGAAUUCUGCGGCGCCUUGCAGGCGACUUGCCGCCAAAAGUGUCGGACCCACUUGAGGUCUCAGGACAAGGAACAGAUCCCUCCCCAGAUAACGCAGACAACAGCGGCAUCGCUGAAAAGGCAGGUGGAACUUCUCUUUCGAAGUGGUACCGUGGAACAUGGGCUCGAGUGACUACGGCUGCAAUUGCUGCUGCUGCAGUGAUAGUGGUGUGUGGGGCUCGUUACAUUAUGUCAGGAAGGUUCCCAUCGUACCUGAAGAUUUCACAGCUGCGAGUAGACGAUGCCUCACGGCUACCACUGGACGAUGCGAGCAUGCAGAAGUACAUGCGCGACUUCAAUGAAGCAGCAGCGGAGAUGGAAGCGGCUUUAUCCUCAGGAUCGGCCAUGCGGCAGGCUUUUGAACUACACUUCACACCGUCGCUUGAGGAUGGUCAAAGUCUCCCGGGAGACCCUCUAGAGAUUAUCAGAGACCACGUUGCCAAGAUGCGAGAAUGCGACGUUCCAUCUGCUUCUUCUCCGCAGGCGCGGCGGGACUUCGCCCAACACCUCCAGCUAUUACGCAGUAUAUGCCGCACAGUGGCUCUUCGCCACAAUGAUUUGAAAUUGUUAGACACUCUGUACCAGGGAUUAGGCGUGCCCUACCCUCUUCCUGUCCCUGGCCGCGCCGAGGGUUAUAGUGACAGUGAUGCUCCUAUAGAUUUUGAAGAAGUGUCAGAAUACGACAGGGCAGCUUCUGCCUUUUUGAAAUCCUUCGGGCUGUUUGGGGGUGACACACGACGAGCAAAUCGAGAAUUAGCUCAGAAACUCAGAUUGUUGUUGGAGAUUGAGAAGAGAUAUAACGACGCCAACUUGAGAGCCCGUUAUUAUUUCAUGGAAUUUCUUCAACCGUUUGAAGGAGACAGCGCCAUCAACCCCGCUCAUGCCCGCGCCGAACACCAGAUUCCAUACACUGGAAAGUCAUUUCGAACAAGAGCUUUUGCACAAGCAGCUGCGCAGAUAUUCCGUGAAUCCGAUGCCAGUACGCGUUACGCUUUCAUACGAAAGCUGAAUCGAAUUGCAGAUAAUUGGACGAACGAAGAAGUAGUGGCGGCUGCGAAACAACAAGCGAAGGAAAAUGUGGACAGUGUUCACACCAGACUGAAGACUAAGAGGGAGCUUAUGCGACGGUUGCUAAGCCAAGGCAUACCGGAGGAUGAUCUGGUGAUGAUUGCAUUGUUCCUUUUAUAG